UCGGGCAAAGGCAGACUGACUGGCAAAUUAAUUGACAAGUUAACCAUUUAUUACGGUCUAGCUAUUAGAAGAAACUCUGAGUCGAUAGAAAAUAUGAAAAACGCUAUAUGGGCAACUUAUUUCCAUUACAUCUCCACAGACAAAAAUCCACAACACAACAAAUGCCCAAACGGCCCUGAUUCAUGGUGCACUUGGCAGCGUGCUUCAACUAUGAACACACUGUCCUCAUUCAAACAUGAUUAUAAUCCACUACCAAAUGACGUUUCUGCAGCUAUCAAGCCCAUUUACGAAGAGCUCAGCAAAGAAGAGCUUUUGGAGUGUUGCAUCGGUGGCUUUACGCAGAACAACAACGAAAGUUUCAACCAAUUAAUUUGGAAAAUUACUCCA